GCUAUUCAUCUGGUCUACACCUCACAAGGUGGCAAACGUAGCACGAAAACACCAGCCACAAUUCUAUUUGUACAUCGACCUUAGGUGUGCCGUCCAGGUAGAUACUGCCAAGCGUUCCCGAUUGGACUGCUGACAUCGGAAGAACCCUCUGGCCGUCCAGGUAGCGCCAUGGGGGGAGCUCAAGCCGAUGACGACGCCAUUGGAGGCGGGGGCAACGAGACAAUGGAAAUGAUUGCUAGAAUGGGAUACCCGGCGAUCCGGUUUUUAGCCGCCUUGAGUGUUGCUUACUUGGCGAGUCGCGCCUCUUCGACACAACGACUGUUCUCGGGCACUCUUUCGGCGGUCUUUGCAGGAUUUUUGACAUAUACGUACUUGGAACCACUCUUUGUUCCAGUCGGAUCCGACACAGCCAUGGUCUUCCUAUACAUUCUAUCGAUCAACGCGUCGCUUGUCGGUUUGUCUCUUGGUGUGCUUCUGCCCGUAAUCUUUCCAGGAUUCUGCUUCGGCAGUGCCAUCGUCCUGCUCGUAGGUUGCUUCCUUCAUCUGGCCAACUCGUACUUUUUCCCCGUGGUGGGCGUAGUUUGUGCGAUUGUCUCCGCUGUUUUGUCGUCCCGAACCAACUCGACCUUUUUCUUGUUGUUGGCCACCAUUAUGGAGGCUGGUGCGGUUGCCGCGUGUUUGGUGCUCAAACCCAUGUUGCCCUACCUCAUGGACAUUGUGAGGGGUUACCCUUACUAUCCCCACGCGGACGACGGUACCGCACCCGAUGUAUCCGUUGCGAAGGAGCUCUUGUACGGUCUCGUGUGGGUAGCUUCUUCGCUUUUGGUAGCGGCCUCGAUUGUUUAUCGAGACGGCCACGUUGCUGACUUGAAUCCAUGGCGCCUCUUCCGAUCGCAUAACUACACCGCCGUACCGACUACGAUUGGGGACAGCAACAGCAAAUUGGGACGAGAAAACUCACUGAUUUCCCCUCACCGUGAUCCGCCGGGAAACCAGGAUACCUACAACAUGUUUGAUCCGGGUAAAUUACCUCCGCGUUUGGCAGAGUACGCCAAUCUGGUGUACUCGGCGUGUGAAGAUCUGGGCAACUUUUUUGGCUUUCAGGAUUCCUCGGUUCGGAACCAGGCAGAGCACUUGUUGAUCUUGCUCAGCAACAAUCGGCGGUAUAUGAGCUCACACAUUCUUCCACCUUCGGUCCAGCCCCCGAGUCCCAUUCACGCUUUGCACGCCAAAGUCUUUUCGAAUUACGUCAAGUGGUGCCGAGCCAUGGGUGUUUCGCCAAACUUUUCCAAAAUGAAUACGUCCAUGAAUGCGCCACCAGCGGUGGCCAGUCGCGUAGUCGAUUUGGUUCUUUACUUUUGCGUUUGGGGCGAGGCGUGCAAUCUCCGUCACAUGGCCGAGUGUGUCUGGUUCUUGUACCACAAGACCAUGGAGGAGUACAUUCGAAGCGAAGGAUAUACGCAAACGCGAAGUUUGUACGCCGGACACUUUCUGGACUUUGUGAUUACACCAAUUUAUGACAUCGUGGCCAAGAACAUGAGGUCUGAUGCGGAUCAUCCCGAUAAACGGAACUACGAUGACUUUAACGAGUACUUCUGGUCCCGCAACUGUCUCCAGUUUCGUUAUUCUUCGGAGAACCUGGAUGCGGACGAUAUUGAGGGCACCGGAGGCAUUGCUGGUCCAUUGAACGGUGAGCUUUAUCCUCCCAUUGCGGAAGGUCUCAGCAAAGCUCCCAAGACCUUUCUGGAGAAGCGCUCUUGGCUCCGGGGUAUUUUAGCUCUAAACAGGAUUUUGGAGUGGCACAUCGUUACCUUUUACUUACUUGGAGUGGUGGCUUUUUCUCGCGAACUCGUUUGGGGUUGGGUAUUUUCCCUUCAAGUUGCGAGUGCCGUAUUCUGGAUCUUCAACGCUUUGCAUCUUUGCUGGGCCCUUUUGGAAGUUUGGGGCAGCUACCCUGGUAUCCAACUAUCUGGUACCGAUGUCUGUGGCUCGGUGUUUGUGUUGGCUGCUCGCUUUCUGACUCUUGUCUACCAGACACUCUAUUUGAUGUGGGCUUUCUCGCCACAGAAAGGAAUUCAUUUAGGUAUCGAGGCCGACUCAACGUUUUGGUGGUGGCAGUACGUUUGGCUAUCUUUGCUUGUGAUGAUUCCUUACUUCAUCGAGAUGUUCUUGCAGAUUAUUCCCUCGCUAGCGACCCGUAUCUACACGAGUCAGAACGACUAUGUGCAGUCAUUUCUAAACAUACUCUAUCCCCUCAGCCGUUUAUACGUUGGCAAAGAGGUUCACGAAUCGUUUGGGCACACCAUCGUUUACAUUGCAUUUUGGACGACGCUGAUGGCUUGGAAGCUUUUCUUUUCCUACGUCUUUGAGGUUCACUCCAUGGUGCUUCCUUCCCUCCAAUUGACGGAUGAUUAUUUGAACUACCCAAACCAGAGCUUCACAAAAAUGAUUCUGUUGUUGAGUCUACGCUGGCUCCCGCAGUUCAUCGUAUAUUUGAUUGACAUGAGUAUCUGGUACGCGGCAUGGCAGGCGUUCGCCGGAACGUCAGUAGGAUUUUCCGAUCAUCUCGGGGACAUUCGCUCAAUAGACGACAUUCGAAUGAAUUUUGGACGCGCACCGGAGCAUUUUUGUAAAAAGAUGCUGUCUCAGGAUGCCGGAAGUCGUCGCGGCUCUUCUGCAAGUUUCUUGUCCUCGUCUGGAAACAACCUCUCCGAAGGGUCGUCGCUUCUUGGCGCAGACCCACACAUGUUGCAAAGCUAUGUCAAUCGACUACUAGACGUUCGUAUCCAAAAGUGGGUAAUGUUUAGUGCGGCAUGGAAUGAAAUCAUUGACCACUUUCGCGAAGAAGACAUAAUCUCGACCACCGAAAGUGACAACUUGAAGUUUAGUCAAUUCGAUGGGUUUAGUCAGGCGAUAUACCUACCUGUAUUUCAAACCGCAGGGGUUAUUGAUGAUGUUCUUUCUGAACUUGAGCGACCAGCCGAGGAAUACAAAGAUCUACGGACUGGCGAGUAUACCGACGAGAGCUUUUUUAAACCCAUAGCUUCACAUGUUACAAUGCAGACGGCCGUCGCGGAGGUAUGGGAGCUUGGCUCGUUCAUCUUUCUUCAAGUGCUCGGCCCUGUCCACAGCAAGGACAUACAUGCCGUCGUUGCGAUGAUGAACAAGUGGAUUGAAUCAGAAACAAUGUCUGGAUGUUUAAAGCUCGAAACAAUGAGAGGUGUCAUGAAACAUUUUGUUGAUGUGGUCCGCAUCCUCGAACGCGGCAUAGUGACGCGGAAUCCGACCACUCGACCGAAAUCACUAACGAAGAGAGCUCCAGAAGCAAAGCCGACUAUGAAAAGAUCGAGAGUGCGCCGUGUUGUUAGUGCUGGAUCGUUAAGCAGCUUAGAUGCCGAGAGCAAAAAUCGCGAAAUGAAAAAUCAACACGAAGUCCGUGAGUCUGUCGAUGUAAAGAUAAUUGACGCGUUGAGAGAUCAAGUUCGUGACAAGUUUCGAAGCUUAACCCAUGCCGUGAAGGGCAUGCUGAAGAAUACGGCUUCAAACAAAGACUCUCGUGAUGUUCUUGAUCGUCUGACAUUCCUCGGGAGUAUGGAAAACGGAUUCUUUUGGGACGAUUCAUACGCCUCUGAACAGCUUGACGUAGCGUCGAAGAACGAGACAUUUAAAGCUGUACUAAAGAAGAUGCACGGAUUGGUUUGUAUGCAUCCAGAUGAUGCUGAGCCUAAGUCAAAGGAGGUCCGCCGUCGUUUGACUUUCUUCGUGAAUUCGCUUUUCAUGGAUAUGCCAAACGCGCCCUCUAUUCAUGACAUGUUUUCUUGGAACGUCCUUACACCUUAUUACUCGGAAGAUGUGACGUACAGCAAAGACGAUCUUGAGAAGCGAUCAGAUGCCUUAGGUGUGUCAACAUUGCUGUAUCUCCAGACUCUUUAUCGAUCAGACUGGAAUAACUUUCUUGAGAGAUUAGGUAUCAAGGACGAAGAUAAGGUGUGGUCGAAGAAGUACGUAAACGAAACUAGACGUUGGGCGAGUAUCCGCGCCCAGACACUCUCUCGAACCGUCAAUGGUAUGAUGUACUGUGAAAAAGCACUUCGCCUGUUGGCUAAUCUUGAAAGACUCGACGAAGACACAACGAAUGACCUUAUGGGAGAAAAGUUUGGAUACAUUGUAUCAUGUCAAAUGUACGGAAAAAUGAAGAGAAAUCAAGACUCAAAAGCAGACGAUAUCGAAGCGUUGAUGCACCGUUUUCCCCUUAUGAGAGUGGCCUACAUCGACAAUAUUCGUCUGAAUCGCUCGGGUGCAAGCGCUUUCUAUUCUGUUCUGGUAAAAAGUGAUAGAAGAGGCAACAUUCAAGAGGUCUACAGGGUUCGCCUUCCAGGAGAUCCAGUUCUAGGUGAAGGAAAACCCGAGAAUCAGAAUCACGCAAUGAUAUUUACUAGAGGCGAAUAUGUUCAGACAAUUGAUAUGAACCAGGAAGGUUACUUUGAGGAGGCGCUGAAAAUGCGAAAUUGCCUACAAGAAUUUGCUAAACGCGAGGGACCUUUGCCAACGACCAUUCUAGGUCUACGCGAGCACAUUUUCACAGGCAGCGUUAGUUCUUUGGCGAAUUACAUGGCUCUGCAGGAGAUCUCUUUCGUGACGCUUGGUCAACGCGUCCUUACCCGACCCCUGCAUAUCCGUCUCCACUAUGGUCACCCCGAUAUUUUUGACAAGCUAUUCUUCAUCACACGAGGCGGUGUGAGCAAAGCAUCACGGGGCAUCAACCUGUCGGAGGACAUUUUCGCUGGAUACAACAACGUUAUACGUGGUGGAUCUGUCGGAUUCAAAGAGUAUGUGCAAAUUGGCAAGGGCCGCGACGUUGGAAUGAGCCAAAUCUACAAAUUCGAAGCAAAGCUGAGUCAAGGAGCAGCAGAGCAGAGUCUUUCCCGUGAUGUUUACCGAAUGUGUAAUCGCCUGGAUUUCUGUCGUCUCCUCUCCUUUUAUUAUGGUGGGAUUGGCCACUACUUUUCCAACGUCCUGACAAUUUUUACUGUCUACGUUGUGGUAUACCUCAUGACAGUUUUGGCUAUCUACGAUCUUGAAAAAAUUGGCCAGCGACUUAUUACCCCGAUGGGAACGAUCCAAAUGUUGCUAGGGGGUUUGGGUCUUUUGCAGACGAUUCCGCUGUUUGCAACUCUCGGUGUCGAGAGGGGUUGGCUCGCCAGCAUGCAAGAGAUCUUCCUCGUCUUUGUCACCGGUGGCCCUCUUCAUUUCAUGUUCCACAUACAGACGAAGGCAACUUACAUGGCGCAAACAAUUCUCGUUGGCGGGGCAAAAUACCGGCCGACAGGACGAGGUUUUGUGACGCAGCACACUCCGAUGGAUGAACAGUUUCGCUUUUUUGCAGCAAGCCAUCUUUACCUUGGAGUGGAACUUGCUGCGGGCUUAAUUCUCAUGGGUACUUACACCGAUGCUGGACAGUAUGCUGGGAGAACUUGGUCGCUGUGGCUGGCCGCGGCAUCCUUUCUGUGUAGUCCGUUUUGGUUCAAUCCCCUCACCUUUGACUGGAAUGUUGUGACUAGCGACUAUGGCCUCUGGCUGAAAUGGAUACGGGGUACUUCUGGAGGGGCUUCGAAGAGUUGGUCUAUGUGGUACAAUGAAGAGAAUUCCUUCUGGAAACAGCUUCCUCUGACUUCCAAAUUGUUGUACCUCAUCAAAGCUGUUGUGUAUCUUGUGAUCGGAGAGGGAAUCCGCCGUUCUGCCCUCUUCCGGUCUGAUAUAACUUUGAAUCCGCCUACAAUAGGGGUGGGAAAGAUUCUCAUCUUUUUGGCGGUACUCAUAGUCGUCGGUCGAAUUUUUUCUGCUCAUGAACGCACAAUGCCAUAUCCUGUACGGAGAACUAUCGGCAUCCUAAUCUUCUCCGGUAUGUUCGCAGGGAUUAUAACUCUUUUUAUUGAAGAUACCAACUACAUUCGCUACGGAAUGGCGGCCUACUAUGGGCUCGGCGCUGUAUGCUUGGCAGGUCUCCUAUUUGGUUUCAGGAUUGUGAAGUACCUUUACUGGCUUCACGAUAUUGUCUGUGCUCAUCUCAUCUUUAUCCCUCUUUUCAUUCUCGGGGCUCUCCAGCUCCCCGGAAUGAUCCAGACAUGGUUGCUGUAUCACAAUGCCCUUUCCACAGAUGUUGUGGUUUCAGACAUUCUUCGAUACGCGAGAAAGACGCAAGAAUCAGGAGCAGGCGGCGAAAAAACAGAGGAUUUGGUGGAGCAGAUAUCUGAGCUGCGCAAAGUUGUGCAGCGUCAAGAACAAGCCCUUGCGAGUGCAGGGUUCACGGGUGGCGAUGGCCAGCUUGUAUCAUCAGCCUCCAUUGGAUCGGCAAUGUCCAAUAAUUACCUGAUAUCCGCACCCGAUCAACCUCAAAUCCGUCAAGCUUCCGACGCCGGGCGAGGGUACGGUCGGGCGCUUAGUUUAUCCGGCUUGGAUGUAUGGGGAAACAUGGCGCUCGGCGAUGUUCAAGCCGAGGAUCUCCGCCAAACUGAUUUGACGCCGGACACCAUCCCUCAGAGAGGCACUCCUGGACAAACUACGACGGUAGCGCAAGGAUUUUCGUUCUCUCAGCCGGACACGAUGCCACCUCGGCUCUGAAGCAAUCAAAGAGAUAUUGUAGUUCACCUUUAUACAUGGCCCGUGUCUGGUGCAUUUCUUUAUUGAACGAGGUCGCUAAUAUUAACAGUAAAACGCUUACCAUGAACUUU